AUGUUCGCCGCGGCUACUAUCGCUGUACCAGCAAUUGUGGCCAUACCUAGACUCCCAGGAGAUAUAGAGAAGAGACUUGCUUGUGAGGAGGUUGCGUGCAGCAAGACUGUUGGCUGUGCUGGCCCUGCUGGUCCCGAUUGUAAUCCUUGUGACUUCAGGAACGGCGAUAAUGGCUUCUGUAAGCAAGUCGUCGAAGCGUUCAAAGCUUUGUGGGAUGUUGGAAUUUUGAGUUGA